UUUUAUUUACUUCCGGCUACAAAGCUUGCUUCAGCGCUAGCGCUUGUUUGUAUUGAUUACUUGUACAUGCUUUUCGUCGCCGUAAACUAUGGAGACCAUAGCCAAUAAGUCUAAAGUGUUAAUUGAAAAUACUUGAACAAAACGUCAUAGGCGGACAGUACUAUGGCCAUGUGAAUGUCACAGCUAGUUGGGUGUUACUCAGGUGUUGGAGAAGCGAGUCUGCUCUCUGAUAGCGUGUCAGUGAUGCAAAAUGUAGUCAUUUUGCUACCUGUAGGCUGCAUCCAACUUGUCCAUGUACAAUUGACAAUCUAAAGGUUGUUGUUGGGUAUAACGCAUCAAUAUAUUGUUAUGACUGCUACAAAGGAUUUUCAAACGGACGAGCUGGAUUCAAUUCUAAAUGUCUUGUGGCUGUCUGCAAAUGACGCCCUGGACAGUUUUGGAGAAAUGUGGUACCAGAUCUUCUUGUGGGCCCUGUUCUCCUCAAUGUUUGUCCAUGUGAUAGCUUCUCUUAUUGCUGUGUGCAGACUGAGGAAGCACAAACUGGGCCGGUGGAUUCCAGUUGUGAUUGUGGCAAUGGGAGUCUUAUCUCCUCUCACUGGAGGUGUCGUUACAAGUGCUGUUAUUGCAGGAGUGUUCCGAGCUUCAGACUUUGUCAUAACACCGUUCUAUGCCCUUGUGUGUGGAGUGGGUCAGACUAUCAUUGUCAUGUUUAUAUCCUUCACCAGGAUCCUGGCUACAUUGUGAAUGUCAUACAAGCAGUAGUCAAGUACUAAAUGGACAUUAGUGUAUGUGAUGCCAGAUAUGUUGGGUGGUUAAUGAAGGGCUUGUGAUAUUGGUGAGACUUGGACAUGCCUCACUGAACCACGUCUACCUAGCUGUAGAAGUUAAGAACUGGUGUUGUCAAUUAACUGAAGUUCUGUUGUUUAGUUGGAUCAAUAACUCUUCCCCCAUCUUCACAAGGUGGCAUUAGGACGUGCUCUUGUGAAUGCUCUCGAAGGUAGAGGUCCAACUCAACUUGACCAACAUUGGUCAACAAGAUGAACAUUUAAAUUCCAAAUGACAUUAAUUGUAUUUGGAGAAAUUUCCAGAAAUAACAUGGGAGAAGAAUUCAUAUUAAAUUGGGGAGUGAUGAUGGUGAUGUAGCUUUGCUUCCAACUACAUGUAUUUGUGAAAUCAUUGUACAGUGAAGUCAUUGUACCAGAGAUAUGCAAGUGUAGUAAAUUCAAAUGUAUGGAUGCUUGUACAUUGAAUAAAUAUCUGUAAUAUACUGA